UCCGCUCCCUCCUCUCUCUCCUCCCCUCCUCCCCUCCGCGGAGCCGCCGCAACCACCCAGCGAAAGUCUAACCCUAGAUCCAGGCCGCGCCUCCGGCGAUCUCCGGCCAUGGCGACUCGCCGGGCCCUGUCGUCCCUCGUCCGCUCCGCCUCCCGGCUCCGGGGGCCCUCCCCGGCCCCGCGGCCCCGCGGGGCGCCGAUGCACCGCCCGUCGCCGGCGGGGUACCUCUUCAACCGUGCCGCCGCCUACGCCACGUCCGCACCGGCGAAGGAGGCUCCGGCCGCGCCGCCUCCCGCGGCGGGGAAGACCACCGGGGGUGGUAAGAUCACCGACGAGUUCACUGGCGCCGGCGCGGUGGGGCAGGUGUGCCAGGUCAUCGGCGCCGUCGUCGACGUGCGCUUCGACGAGGGCCUGCCGCCUAUCCUGACGGCGCUCGAGGUGCUCGACAACAACAUCCGCCUCGUGCUCGAGGUGGCGCAGCACCUUGGCGAGAACAUGGUGCGCACCAUCGCUAUGGACGGGACUGAGGGGCUUGUCCGCGGGCAGCGCGUCCUCAACACAGGCUCCCCGAUCACUGUUCCUGUUGGCAGGGCCACACUUGGACGCAUCAUGAAUGUUAUUGGUGAGCCGAUUGAUGAGAAGGGUGACAUAACAACGAACCACUUCCUUCCCAUCCAUCGUGAGGCUCCUGCUUUUGUCGAGCAAGCCACAGAACAGCAAAUUCUUGUUACUGGUAUUAAGGUUGUGGAUCUGCUUGCGCCCUACCAAAGAGGUGGAAAGAUUGGUCUUUUCGGUGGUGCAGGAGUGGGCAAAACUGUCCUUAUUAUGGAGUUGAUCAACAAUGUUGCUAAGGCCCAUGGUGGUUUCUCUGUGUUUGCUGGUGUCGGUGAACGCACACGUGAAGGUAAUGAUCUUUACAGAGAGAUGAUUGAGAGUGGUGUCAUCAAGCUAGGUGACAAACAGAGUGAAAGCAAGUGUGCUCUUGUCUAUGGGCAAAUGAAUGAGCCACCGGGUGCCCGUGCUCGUGUUGGGUUGACUGGUUUGACUGUUGCUGAACAUUUCCGUGAUGCUGAAGGACAAGAUGUGCUUCUGUUCAUUGACAACAUUUUCCGUUUCACUCAGGCAAACUCUGAGGUGUCUGCUCUUCUUGGGCGUAUUCCAUCUGCUGUGGGAUACCAACCUACUCUUGCCACUGAUCUUGGUGGAUUACAAGAGCGUAUUACAACUACCAAGAAGGGUUCUAUUACAUCAGUCCAAGCUAUUUACGUGCCUGCUGAUGACUUGACGGAUCCUGCUCCUGCUACCACUUUUGCACAUCUUGAUGCUACUACCGUGUUGUCACGACAGAUCUCUGAACUUGGUAUUUACCCUGCUGUCGAUCCUCUGGACUCCACAUCCAGAAUGCUCUCACCCCACGUGUUGGGUGAGGAUCACUACAACACUGCUCGUGGUGUCCAAAAGGUUCUCCAGAACUACAAGAAUCUUCAGGAUAUUAUUGCAAUUUUGGGUAUGGAUGAACUCAGUGAAGAUGAUAAGUUGACUGUCGCUCGUGCAAGGAAGAUCCAGCGUUUCUUGAGCCAGCCUUUCCAUGUGGCCGAAGUUUUCACGGGUGCUCCUGGGAAGUAUGUGGAGCUGAAGGAGAGUGUCAACAGUUUCCAGGGUGUUCUGGAUGGGAAAUAUGAUGACCUUCCCGAGCAGUCAUUCUACAUGGUUGGAGGCAUUGAGGAAGUCAUUGCUAAAGCUGAGAAGAUUGCCAAGGAGUCGGCUUCAUAAGAUCUCUUCAUUGUUUGAGUUCUGUACAAGUUAAAUUUUUGGAUUCCGGUUUCUAUAUGCCCGUUACUGUAGCCAGGACGUGCUUACAAGCAGAGGGGUGACAUCUUCUCAUGAGGAAUGUUUUUUGUCUUCUUUUUUUGCCCUUUUACCCCUAAUAAGAAAUCGCAGUGACAUUGUUUGUUCUGCACAAAAGUACCCGACUUGGAAAACAUGUGCCCUUUAUAAUGCAGAUCCAUCAAAUCAUCGGAUCAUGAAGUUCUUGUUU